UAUUAUUAGUUAUUUACCCCCAUCUCGGAUCCAUCUCUCUCCAUUACACAAACAAAACCAUCUCUCAAACUUGAAAUAUUUACUUAUUUUUAUGAAAAGAGCAGCAGAGAGCUUCUUCUUCAAUUCUAUUAUAUCUCUGCUUUAGUUUCUGUUGGUGAUCUGCUUUUUUAUGGCUCUGCUUACUUUUGUACCUGAGGCCACGGAGCCCAAGAACAAGAAGAAAGCACCACCGUCAAAACGCAGGCAAAAGCAGUCGUCGAGCUCUAAAAAGCAACAAAACCCACCAUCCUCAUCCUCAUCCUCAUGGGACCAGAUCAAGAACCUGCUCACCUGUAAACAGAUCGAAGGGUCAAGAGUUCAUGACCCAUCAAAGAAUCAUAACAUCGUCAAUGGUGGUGCAGGCGCAGCUGCUGCCGGGUACUCGAAGCUGGGGUCUUCUUGCAGCUCCAUUUGCAGCUUCAGAGAUGUCGUUCAUGGCAACACCAGGGUCGUUCACAGAGCCGACAACUCGCCUGAGAGUAGCUCGCUGGGUCAGGAAACUGGGUUACUGGGUCGGAAACAUGUGACUCGGUCUUCCUCCUCUAGAUCCAACGCUACUGGGACUAGUGCUGCUUAUAAUACUACGUCCGCCUCCUCCUCCUCCAGAGGAAUGCAAUUCAGGAAGCUCUCUGGCUGUUAUGAGUGCCACAUGAUCGUUGACCCUAGCAGGUACCCAAUUCCGAGGUCUAGUGUUUGUGUUUGCUCUCAGUGCGGAGAGAUCUUCCCCAAGAUGGAUAGUUUGGAACAUCACCAAGCAAUUCGCCAUGCUGUAUCGGAGCUGGGAGUUGAAGAUUCCGGCCGAAACAUUGUGGAGAUAAUCUUCAAAUCAAGCUGGCAGAAGAAAGACAUUCCCAUCUGCAAGAUCGAACGGAUACUAAAGGUUCACAACACGCAGCGCACGAUCCAACGCUUCGAGGACUGCCGGGAUGCCGUGAAGAACCGUGCGCUGGGCACCACACGAAAGAACCCCAGGUGCGCAGCGGACGGGAACGAGCUGUUGCGGUUCCACUGCACCAGCAUCUCGUGCACGCUCGGCGCACGUGGCUCUUCCAGCUUGUGCGGCUCCGUACCGGGCUGCGGAGUGUGCACGAUCAUCAGGCAUGGCUUCCAAGGCAAAGCCGGAGGGGAAGGGGGCAAGGGAGUGCGGACCACUGCCAGCAGCGGUAGGGCCCACGACUCCUUGAGCUGUACGGAAGGGCGCAGGGCCAUGCUGGUGUGCCGUGUAAUUGCUGGCAGGGUCAGGCGCAUUGCGGACGAUGCGCCGACGGAGGAGGAUGCGUUGUCGUCCUUGUCGGCUCCUGGCUCCUACGAUUCUGUAGCCGGAUUCGCCGGAAUAUAUUCAAAUCUCGAGGAGCUGGUGGUUCAUAAUCCGAGGGCCAUCCUCCCAUGCUUCGUAGUCAUUUACAAGGCUCUAGAGUCGUGAUUAACGUCGUCGUUUUUAAACCCUAUUUGGCGUUCCUCUUCAUUAUCUUAAUGUGAUCAAAGGUCAACUGUACUGACUUGUCUAUUUUUCUGGCUGAUUUAUGUGUUGGUGUAUAUAGAUGAUAUUCUCUAUCAUUUUCACAUGGUAAUGCUAGUAAGGCCUACUUUUUUUGUUUCU